AUGUUGAGGCCGACCGAUGAGCUCAACAAACGGCAGUUGGAAGAAAUGCAGAGUCCUGGGCGUUUACGGUCCCUGAACCAAGAGAGACCCUCCACGUAUGGACUUGUUGAUCAGGGGUUUGACUCGCAGAACUCAGCUCUGCCGAGCACGGAAGCGAUCCCAGAUGCAACCCCUGAUCAUUUUUCCACGGUAGCAAUCGGUGAGACGUCAAUUCCUAUAGCACAACUUAUCGGCACCGAUCUACCCUCGGCUGUUGUUACCGAGAUGCUCUUCGAAACCUUCAUCAAGUCUGUGCACUGGUUCAUGCUCAUUUUCCAUGAACCUUCUUUGCGGGAAGAGAUGAAUUCAGCACUGACCACUGGGCGGGUGGGAGAGCGCAAUCUUUCCAACAUCGUCCUCAUCCUGGUGGUCUUAUUGAUUGCUACCAAAUAUGUUGCCGAGGAGGAUGUCAUCUCUACCCGUACACCAAUCGACAUCGACCAUCUCCAAGCAAAGCUUCUCAGGACUGUCGAAAGUAAGUUUCUUGCCGUUCUAGACCAGGACAACGUGGGCGCGGUCCAGGUCUGCGUUUUGCUUAGUUCGUUCUAUUUCUAUCAUGGUCGACCAAAUCGUUGCCUGGCGAUCAAUAGUGCGGCUAUCAGAAUGGCACAAAAUCUCAAGUUCAACCGUGAAAGAUCAUGGCAGGCAGUAGACACCAUCGAGAGAGAGCAGCGGCGGAGAGUAUGGUGGGCUCUUUACGUUCUUGACGGUUAUGGUUCCAUCACCUACGGAACUACCACAAUCAUCAAGGGCUCACAAUGCCUCGUGAAUCUACCUCAAAAUAUUGACGACACGUCGGCUCGUUGCCCAGGUUUCGAUUCGAUCGAGAAACUGGAGGAUGGGACUACCCAGCCAGUCACAACUCUGUCAUAUCAGCGGUAUAAGUUCAGGCUGUACCGCAUUGCAGAACCAAUCAUGGGAGAGAUAUACUUCCACGAUGGUCGGCCUAUACCCGAGCUUGUCAAGAAAGUCCAAGAAAUCAACAGGCAGCUGGUGAAGUGGGAAGAAACUGUGCCACUAGAGUUGAGGCCGAAGUCGUUUAGUUCAUUGGACCCAGAAACAUCGUCGGAUCCGCUGACAAGGACAUUUCAACUCCAAGCCCUCGCUCUCCAACUCUCCUAUGACAACAUUCAACUGGUUCUUCACCGCCCGCUGCUCGUGUAUAACGGCGUUCUCUCCUUAGGUCACCAUGUCCGAGUUCCAAAGGCGCCCGCCUCGGGCAGCGACUUCUGGGAAAUGAGCAAAGACCUCUGCUGGAAGUCUGCCCACCGUACAGCUUGUGUCGACGAAUAUCUCGCCGUCCUCAGACCGGUUCAGAAUUUCUACACUAGCAGUUACAUUGGCAUCCAGACGUUCACGGCCGGGGUCAUGCUCGGCAUCUUUGCGCUGUCCAAGCCAUUUGAGGCACAGGCGCAAGAAGCAAAGAGAAGUAUUGGGCGACUUGUCAAGAUGCCGAAGCUGCUUGGAUAUCGUACCAUGAUCUCAGAUCAGACUGGGAGUGUGCUGCAAAGAUUACUCCGCCUCAUCUUGGAUGAAGAGUUGAAGCUGUUGACUUCUGACGAUGCCCCGCCGAUUGUUGCAAACAAGCCGACUCCCAUCAUCAAGAGCGGUCUCGACAACUCUCCAAUACCGAACAAUGUACCUACGAACGCAUUUUCCGGACUCGAGGGUAUCUCCAAUUCCAACCAGACCUCGAACAGGGCUAACGAGGAUCAAAUCCCCCUUCAAAGCCAAAUUCACUCCCACGUAGAAGUCCUCUCUCCAGGCUUCCAGCCGAUUUCUAAACGGUCGACUGGACCCGAUAUCAGCACGACUGUCCAAGCCGCUGGCUUAGAUGACGAUGAUAUCGAAACCAUCCUUGCGAACCCAGCUGUGGGUACAUAUCCCUUCGACAGCAGUUUUCUCAGCGAGCUGGAUGAUGUUGGGCAGGGGUGGAUGUGGGAAGACUGUCAUCAGUUUGGUUGA